AUGGAUGACUUCACGGAGAAGUAUCGCCAAAGAGAGAAAAGGUUCUCUGAUCCGCAUCUGCGCAAUCGAGCCUUGGCAGGAGAAGAAGAGAGCUUAGACGAGUGGGCUGCUCGACUGUGGUAUCGGAUCGACCGCGACAGAAACGGUUUCAUCACUAGCAAAGAACUGGACUGUCAAGAGUUCCACAACAUCCUUCGUGCAGCUGUCGCUCCUGUGACCGGCACCUCGACCGGUGGCGCCACCUAUGCGCGGAAGCAGGUGAACAUCGAGGCUGCUAUUCAGCUGUGCCUCCGUAAAGCCGACUUGAACAGCGACGCGAUCCUUUCCUUCCGUGAGUUCCGCUCGCUGAUGCGCUGCCUCCGCAGGCCCAAAAUGGCACGCCACACUGCCAACCUGGUCUUUGCACUCUUCGACUUGGAUGGGAACGGCUACAUAGGCCGCGAUGAGUUCCACGAGCUGCUCGGCUUUCUUCUCGGCCGCAACCCUCGCACUGUGGAGUUCGAGGAUGAGUGGGACCGACUGGUUGCUCCAGCUGCCGGUUCUGCAAACCAAGCGGAGUACGUCGACCAACGUACGUACAUCCGUUGGCUCCAGUCCUCAGACGACCCGAAGAUCCGCCAGCAAGCGCCCGAUUGUGCUGCCAACCAGGCUGCUCCACCCUGCAGCCUCCCUGGCAGCCCAUCCAGCUUCGGAACCCUGACUGUGGACUUGUCUGCGACUUUUCCAAGACCGUCCACACAAUCUCGGCCAAAAUGGAAUCAGCGCUUCAACUGCUCGAUCAACCCCGGCCAUGUGAACGACCAUCGUCCAGCCGGGCUCAGGCAGUAUUUCCAGCGCGAGCAGUCCAUGCCGGAGCUGAUCCGCUUCUGGGAAGGGCACGGCGGCUCGACGUUUCGGAAACACCUGGAUGCCAUGAAGUCACCAGCUGCUACAGCUCCGCCGUGCAAGCUCUUCCCGAAGUCGCUGUCCACGGGGGGAG